AUGCCAAAGAUCGUCAACCAAAAUCUCGAAGAGGUAGCAAAUAAGAUUGCUCAAGAAUGUUUGUCAACAACCUACAAACAGUGUUCCAGUUGUGGAGAUGAUGAUCAGAAAAACCCCAAAGAGGUAGCAAAUAAAAUUGCUCAAGAAUUUUUAUCAACAACCUACAAACAAUGUUCCAGUUGUGGAGAUGAUGAUCAGAAGUUUGACCAGUUUUUAACCCAAGGCCCAGGAAUGGUCUUAUUGCUUGUACUAGAACUCUACUCUGAUCAGGUGACAAAUUGCUGCCCUGAAAUGUGCAAUCUUCUCUUUUCAUUGUUACCACUUACAUUUGAAAGAGCAGCUGCAGAUAAGAAUGAUCUAGAAAAAAUGAGCCAAGUGAGACUUUGUGGUAUAAUGACCUGUCAAAAACCUAUAAGAGCAUUGCGCGAGUCAUUGAAAUCACUUUUGGCUGGUGGAUUUUCCUCUGAAGCUGCCUCUGAAUGCCCAAAGAUUGAUCGUGUGGACUCAGUAGAUUUGUCAGAUGUGCAAAUUGUCUGUGAUAUGCUAAAAAGAGAAACCUUUCAGAAAAGUGAUCUCCUGAUCUGUUUGCUGUCAUCGCUUCUUGGUAUUUUAUCAAGUGAUGUCACAAGGAAUGAUCAUACUUUACAACUUGAUAUUGCUUAUAAAACAACAAAGUUACUUGCAAAUUCAGAAAUCGGAGUGUGUGACAUUGCACCUUUUCAGUUUACUCUGAUGCUAAGCCUCUCACUUGUGCUGACAGUUGAGGUGCUUUCUAAUCGGAUCAGUGAAACACCAAUUGGAAGCAACACAUUUGAAGAUAUGGUAUCUUUUGGAUCAGCAUUAAUUGCCAUUGUGAAUUCAAAAGUUAAUGUUGAUCAUACUGUAGCAGCACUUCUUCGCACCAGUGAUGUCUUAGUUGGACUAUAUGCCUACUUAUAUUGGCAAAUGUCAGUUUCCAUGUCAUCCCUUACUGAUAUUGUUGGAUCUUAUAGAAGAUUUGCUGCCUCUGAAGUUUUUAAGUUGACGGAGAGCUUUUUCAAGCUUUUGCCAGUUGUAGGUAGCAAGGAUGCUGGAUUCAGAAACAAACUUAUGUCGGAUUUGAACAUAAUUCUUUUCAAGCUAGCCAAAAAGCUGCGAAAAUCCUUGAGAAAUCCCACAUGCUUUCUCACACCGGACACAGGUCACACAAGUAUAGCAAAAAGGAAGCAGCCAGGAACAUCGAGAAGGGUUUCAGCAAAAAGAGAUCAUAAGAGUAGCAGUGACAGUGAAAGGGAAUCUGAAGUGGAGAAGAGUGACAGGUGUAUUGAUUCAGAUAACUCAGGCAGCACAGAAGAUAUGUCAGAUUAUGAAUUAAAGGAAUGGGACUCUGACGAGAUUAGGCCGAUGAAGAUGAAGCACAAACGGAAUUUAAGUAAUGCAUCAGUUAGAAGUAAAGAAGCCGAGGAGCAUUGCUUUUUCGGGCAGAUGAUAAAUAUACUUGUAUCAGCAUACCUUGAAAGUAAUGACAAGGAAAUCACAAAAUUGUUUCUUUGCCUCGUUAAUGAUAUUGGAUCUUGCACCUGUGUUGAAAAUGAUCAGCUGCUUGGUGAUCUUCUUCGAAGGCUAGAUGCUCAGCCUAUUGAAGUGGCCAGUAAGGCUCUUGAUGUCGCUGCAAAUGUUUUGGAACAUUGGUCUCCAGAGCUAACCAUAAAGGCCAGCAAAGCCCGGUAUGGAGUUCUUAAAAGCCGAAGCUCCUUGAAGAAAAGGGAGACAGUCAGUAGCAGAAUAGACGAAAAAGAACCUGUUUCACGAUCUGAGGACGCCGUUGAUUCUUCAAUGGACGUCUUCCAAUUCUUGCAAAAGUACAGGUGCCUGAACGCCUCUUCAAAUCCACUGCAUUUUGACUUAAUGGAGCAUCAUCUGUCCAAAAUUGUACCAAAAGCAUCUGGGCUGUUACAUGGUGAAUUGUUUAAGAAGGUUGUGUUCACUGUUUUUGCCAUACAUGUACCCCAAGAAGAUAAAGACGCCGAAAUUGACCCCAGCAGCAUCCCUCUUCUUGAAAGAUGUCUCAGGUUUCUUCCAGGUUUCCUCGUCAACGACGAGCUGUUAUUGUAUUUUGCCCAUAAGAAUGGCAUCUUGUACUUGCAGGCUCUUGGCAGGAAUAACAGUCUUGCGCCAUUAGCUUUCGAAUGCUUGUACCAAAUUUCCUGUCGCUGCACAAAGCGAAUUGCUGCAAACAGCGACGGCAAAAGUGUGCGAAUUUCAAAAGAUCCUUCACCAAAAACAAAAUCUGGAUUCAAAGGCAGCCCAGACCUGACGCCUGACACAAUUUCAAUGGCUGCUGUUGAAUCAAUGCUUUUUUGUGGGAAGUGGUUCCUUGAGGCUGAUGAUUCAGGCGAGAAAUGUUUACCCGAGAAUAUAGAAUGGGGCAGUAAAACAUGGGAUAACUUUGUAAAACUUCUAAUGAUGUUCUAUGAACUACUGUUAAGCUCUACUGUAUUCAAAGACCAACUCCUGAAGGCAAAUUGGCCAAACAUUUGCUACAAACUGCUUGAUAAAUGUACUUCUAUUGUGCAGCUUUAUAUUACCGAUAAACCUGAUGCCACGAGGGGAGACACAGAUUCUCUUAGACACCUUAUAGCGCAGUGCCUGCCGACUCUUCGUGCAGUUCUUCCAAUGUGCCUGAGCUUUUCUUUUGACAACCAAGAAGUCGAGCCACAAAAGUACCCGGCUAUAAAAGAUAUAUUAUUGAAGCUCGAGAAGUCUUUUAUGCAAAGGAUGGUUCUGGAAAGCUCUAUGGGCAAAGAUGUCUGCCAGUGUAUUUUUCAGUGUGCAACCACUCCUAGAAAGAAGCCAUUGUAUACAUCAUCCAGAGGAUUGGAUGUUUUGAAGCGGGUUCGUGCAGAUACCUCGCAGGACAAGGAAGAUGAAGGUAGUGAUGGAAAUAUGGAAGAAGAAGGUUAUGAUGCAGACACAGAGUCAGAAAUCGAUUCAGUGAAACCGGAAAACUUAAAUGCCCAUGAAAGUUUAUUAAGAAUUUCAAGCAGUGUUACCAAACACAGUCAUGAUGGAUCUCAACACCAACUGCUCGAGGGAAUAGAGAUACUCUUUCCGGAAAUAACAACACAUCUUUUGCAGUCUUUCAAUGAAAUUUUGCCAUCUUCUUUCUCGACACCAGCUCAAUCAAGUUUAAAAGAAGCGCUGAGAUAUUUUCUUGCUGAAGUAUUGACCAUUACAAGUGCCUCCUGGAACAAUUGUGAUAUUCUCUCCAGACAGGGGAUGCUAAAACUUGUAAUCAGGUGUCUGGGAAUCUUUGUUGCAGCAAACCUGGAAGACACGAAAGGUAUUAUGGAGGCUUUGGGGAAGCUUGCCGUUCUGCUGUCAGCUUUUUCGAUAACAGCGCAUGAUGUUAAAGACUUUUUGCAGCUCUUUAAGGGAUCACAACCUCCAACGGAGCUACUAUCAAAUAUCCUUUAUGAAAUGGCCAAAGUUGCGAAUAAUACAUCUGGAGCGACGUUCAGCCUUGAAUUCCCCGUAGAGCCGAUUGAAAAUAUACAGAAUGUCAAAGGAACCUCAGUUCAGCAAUCGCAUCUAUUUCUCAUCCCGAAAAGAGAUAGUACUGGUAAAAACCGCAGUAUUUUGCGACAACGCGCUAUUAGCGGCAACGUCACUUCUGGUAGCGGGCCUAAAUCCUAUGGAUAUCGAUUCCAAACACCAUCAACUGAGAUUGCUCCUGUGCAGCUACCAUUGCAAGAUACAUUUACGUGGCCUGAAAUGGGAUUCAGUAUUGCUGUUUGGUUUCAAAUUAACGAUAAUAGAUCCGCGAAUAUUGUUAACGAUAUCACUGAUAUUGGUGCUUCUCUCAAAGACAUUAAAAGAGGUAGACAAAGCCACCGAUCUCCAAAGAGUGAGCCAGUGAUUACAGAUGACCCUGUCGUGUUCCAUAUUUGUUCGUUUGGUGCACACAAUGCUCUGUUCGAGGUCUGGAUUAGCGCCAACCCAAGGAAUAUCGAGUACAGAUGGCUUAUUUCAGAAUCAGAUGAAAAUUCAGGAAGCCCGUCCAAUUUUGACCAGGUUAUUCUGCCGACGAAUGUGCCAUUGAACAGAUGGAAUCACCUGAUUAUAACGCUAGCGUUGCCACCAAACUCUGCCCAGUGUCACACUGCUACGGUGACGACCUACCUAAAUGGCUGUGAGCAGAUACCAAUGAGCAUGAAGUUUCCAAAUCGUGUUACCAAGAAGAAUGUCAAGCUGGCAAUGAUGCUAGGGCAUAGCAUCAAGACAAAGAAAAGUUCCUUCUCCGUGGAUUCGCAGCCCACAAUGAAUAUUGGAAAUGUUUUCCUGUUUAAAGGAAAUGAUUCACCGAUUGUCCAAAGACGACCAACCAUUGCAGGAAAUGGAAUCCAGAGACGGAGUGAAAAUCUCGUUAGCAAUGCAGAAGCUUGUUACCUUUAUGCUCUUGGUCCUGAUGCCUUUCAUUUGGUCCAUGAAUGUGGAGACAGAUUGUCAACUCACAUUGCCAGCCACAUGGAUUCUUCAUUGAGCUGGGACAGCCUGCAUUUCACAGAAAUGUCAUUUGCUGUAAACAUCUUAAAUGAAGAGCUAGUGACGGCAGAUUUUCCUUCAUCGUUUUUUUUCGAUGUAAAGUCACUCCUUCCUGGAAUCCAAGCAUCGCUUCAGGAGAAUCUGGUACUGAAGUACUCAACACGUCGCCCUUUUGAAUUUUGCCAGUAUAUUUCCCAAAUUUCUCGCAAGCCCUCGUUGCCAUCAGUUCUCACAAGGGAUGAAUCAUCAACACGAGGCAGCAUUGAACUGUCGAAUAAUCAAGCUUUGAUCACUGGCAAGAUCCGUCCAUCAGCUCGCGCGACCCUUCAGCAGGCAGUACAUGAUACAGGAGGCAUGGCUAACUUGCUUUUCCUGUUUGCAAAGGUCAGUGAGGAUGCAGAUUCUGAGUAUGCCCAGUCGAUGAUUUUGUGUGCAAUAUUCUUGAUUAUGGAGAAAAGUACAUACUUGCUUCGUGAAAUGAAUGAUCUGGCUGGCUAUGUUUUGAUACACAGAGUGUUCGAAACGUCACCUUGCCCGCUUGGCUUUCACAUCGUUAAGGCGCUUGUUCGAUCAAUGUGUUGCGGAAUUGUUUUAAGUGAGCCAGAAGACGGCCAAGGUGGUUUCCUACAAGUUCUUCCAUCAACUUCAGCCAUCGUAAAAAAUGUUUUGGUUUUGCAAAAACUUUUGUUGGAUUGGAAUAUCUGGGUCGAUGCACCACUUAUGGUUCAAGAAGUAUUGUGGACAUCCUUGAAAUGCCUGGUGCGAUCUGAUCACCCAAAAGUGUCUUUCAAUAUACAGCAGUUUAAACGUGCUAGAGUUGUUGACCAGUUGCUUUUUGGUCUUCAGGAGAGGGAGCAGAAACGAGGCGACAUGAUCCCACCUACCAUUAGCCAGCUCUAUAUUGACGUCAUCGCUAGUGUUCUCGGCCAUCCUCCGGACAUGCCAGUUCUCAAAGCCAUUUGCUCUUACCUUAUUGCCACUCACCCAACUGUCAAUACACUGACUUUGCAUUCAAAAACUAACUUUUAUCUACUACCAAAACCACCAACAAUUCAGAUACAGCCAGUUAAAGGUACAAGAAAAGUGAUCAGAUCACGAAGCACAAGGAGCCUGGAAGGCCAAAAGAGGAGCUACUCGUUUACGGAAGGACUAUUUGCAGAAAAUGAUACGGUUGUUGGUAUAUUUUCUCCCAUACCAUCGUCACCUGAUACGGCUUUUCCAUCUGAUGAUGGUUUCCCUAAAUCAGAGGUGUUGUUUCGGAAAGAGCAUAAAGAGAUGAAAAGGAAAAUAUUUGAAAAGAUCGACGAGAAUCGCUCGUUAGCGACCAGUAGAGCAGAGUCAAGCUUGAGCUCUAGCUCAUCAUCUCAGCAGCUUGGCCGCGGCUAUACAGUUUCAACAUCGAGUAUUGCAAUAGAUGAAACAGAUACCCGCCCGCCUCCUACCUCCUCAACACCUGUUUCUGUCACCAAAUCAGGGCGUGCGAUUAAUGCAAGCCGCAAGACCGAUCAUGCCAAAACUGAUACUUUAUCCGACCAAAGUUUUAAACUUUCUGGAGUAAAUUUGCCUGAAUUCGCAAACAAAAGCAACUCAGAAUUAAGAUUGUCUCCGAACAUCGCGAUGUUGAGAACACAUCGUCGAAACCGAUCUCUCGAUUUUAACUUGAAACUCACAAGUGGCUUGUCCACAAAACUUGACUCCCAAGAAUACGAUAUCAUUUCUGAUUCUGAGCUACCCUCGUCAUUAGAUCAAUGCAGUGAUGAAUACUUGGUUGUUGAUGGCUUUAUCGGACCGACUGUUGGGAGCUUCACCCCAACCGCACCUGAGGAACAUUUGUGUCUGGAUGAUCCACUCUUUCAUGUGAGGCUAGGGCUUUUUGAGACGCUGCAGGAAGUAUUGACACUUUUACCCGACAAUCUUAUUACUAGAAUAUUUGGCACUAUACUUAAAGUGGAGCAUCUGCUUGUCUUAGUGAAUCAAGAAAACGUGAAAUUACGCGAAGUUGCAGUUAAGAAUUUGAGUUUAUACCUGCAAAGAGGAGGAAGAGACUGUGUGAACAAUUUCAAACGGUUCAGAGGAUUUCAUUUGCUCGCCAAUCAGCUUCAUCAGUACCCAGUUACCCUCGACCUUGCCAAUCGCUGUAUCGAAUUGAUGUCUGAUCGUCCAUUUGACAUAAGAUCACCAAAUUUCAAUGACUUUGCUGUUGAAUCCCCUGUUGCAAUGGUUGCUUAUUUGUCCCUACUUGAAGACGCUGUGCAGCGCUCAAAGACGUGCCAUAUCAUUCUUACCACUCUCAGACAGGUCCUGGAAUCUUCUGACAAGCUAUUAUUGGCAGCUUUUGAACACUUUAUUCCCGAAGUCAUCUGUAACAUGAUCUGUAUGGUGGCCACUAGUGAUAAUGGAUCACUCGCAUCGAGGUGGAAGACAAGUGCAUUCAAAGAUUUAUUAGAUCUCAUUACGUGGAUUGCUCAAAAAGCUGUGAGAACUUGGGAACCACAUUUUUUUCAAUGUUUCAAAGAUCUCUUGCUAGCAGUUCAAAUGCUGGAGUCGAAGGAGCGAGAGGAGAAAGGCUCACUCAGUGCCCUUGUUGUAAAAUCAGCCAGAUUUGUUCAAUACUACAUGGUAUCGUCUGUCCUGAAACUUUUCAAGACAAUAGGCCUACACUUGUCAACCUCUAGGCGUACUUCUUCAUCAGCACACACACUGUCGGAUAUCAGAGGCGAAGGAGGCUCGACGAUAACGAGACGCCCUUCCAAAGCUCGUGCUUUCAUCAACAGAUUACGUUCUUCUAUGCACGUGAUCACUACUCCUACUGUAGCAUCUCCUAACGAAAUUCAAGAGCGGUUCUUGUAUGUUCUCAAUGAGAGUGUUGUCCUCGCCACAUUGUUUAGUAAGCCUUCUAUCAUAUGCGAGAAGACACUGUUCGGAAAAGUCCUCGAGAAACUUUCUGACACUGAUCAUGAUGAAAAGAAUGUCGUUGGUAAACCAGAUCAUUUUUCCCAAGAUGCCGACUGCCUGUUUUGCAGCGAUUUAUUGUGCUUUUCACUUGAAGCUGUUUCUGUCUGCCUGGGCAUAAAGACAGAAGAUAUGAAUUGGACAAUGCUGCUUCGUGGCGUAAAAGAAGACUUGAUAGCACAAACGAGCAGACUUCUUGUUUAUUUACUAUCACCGAUAAGAAGGCUUGAGAUGCGGUUUAAUGCGUUGCAGCAAAUAACCAACAUAGCAGAGAGUAAAAAGAUUUUGCAAACCCUUCUGCAUGGAUUGUCUGGAAUAAAGAAUCGAGAAAGGCUACUUUCUUGUAUUGGUAGCUGCCUUAAAUAUACCCAGCCCCAAUUAUCAGAGAAGCAGCUGAGAAUCAAAGAAGAAAUGAAAGCUGUUAUCAAGACACUGAAAGUUGAUAUCAUCGAUUUUCCAGAGCAACAGCUUUUCCAGGAAUUACGCGAGAUUAAAACACGAAGACAAAAACAGCUCUUAACUCAACGGAAAGAAACUUACAAACGCAAAACUGACCAAUAUAAUGAGUUAUCAAAGGAGGUGGCUGCACAAGGGAUGGAAGUUACUAAGAACGUUGUGGAGGAGCAAGAUCGUCAGCGACAGAAACUUCUGCAGUUAGUUCGUGGUACUGUCUCAAAAAAAGUUGAAGUGAAAAAGCUUUGGAGAAAAAUUAUCAAUCGUCUGACCCAAGAAAGGGCAUUGUGGUGUGACGAUCCCGAGAGCUGUUGCACGUCAUGGCAGCUCGAUCCGACCGAAGGACCUAGCAGGGUCAGAAUCAGGCUGCAGAGAUGCCAUACAGAAGUUCCUCAGAAAUUCUUUUUGUCAUCAAGUAAAAAGUCAAAACAUCAUCAAGCAGAGCAAACCCUUUCUUACCUAUUUAUCGAGAGUUGCAGUGAAGAUGAACCAACAUAUUAUACAUUUAAAACAAAUGACACUAUAAGGUUUUAUUACCAUUGUCACCGUGUAACUCCGGAUGCAAAGACUCAAGGAGAUGUUUUGAUUGGGGAAACUCACAUGUAUUUUGUUGGCGAAGAAAUUCUUGCAGAUCCAAACCUCUCUCAGGUGUUCGUUGGUGACAAAGAUGUGAUUUCAAUUUCAUGGCGAUAUGAAGAAAUCAAAGAAAUUCUCAAAAGACGAUACUCUUUACAGGACAAUGCCUUGGAAAUCUUCCUUACAUCAGGGCGAACUUUUCUGUUGGCAUUCGAAGAUACAAAGUGCCGAGACGAGGUGUUUGAGCAACUUAUUUCGAGAGAACUACCGAACCUUGUGUCUGAUGCAAUGGAUCUUGAUACGUUAACAUACAGAUGGAAAGAAGGAAUGAUCACCAACUUUGAAUAUCUCACUGAGCUGAACAAAAAGGCCGGACGCUCCUUCAAUGAUCUUAUGCAGUAUCCAGUUUUUCCGUUUAUACUUGCCGAUUAUGAGAGUGAAAUUCUUGAUCUUAAUGAUCAGGCAUCAUUCAGAGACCUCUCAAAACCCAUAGCCGUACAACACGAUUCAAAAAAGGAAAAGUACAUACAAACUUACCAUUGGCUGGAGGAAGAAUACCAGCGAAGGUGGCGAGAGGACCCAGAGGAGGCAACUCCACCUUAUCAUUAUGGCUCACAUUACUCAAACAGCGGAACUGUUUUGCACUUUCUUGUUCGCUUGCCUCCAUUUACAAAAAUGUUUCUUAUGUACCAAGACAAUCAAUUCGACAUUCCUGAUCGAACAUUCCAUUCUUUGUUCACUUCCUGGCACCUCUCUUCAUACGCAAGCUCAAGUGACGUCAAAGAAAUGAUUCCAGAAUUCUUCUUUCUUCCGGAAUUUCUACAAAAUUUGGAAGGGUACAAUUUUGGUUGUCGCCAGAACGGACAACGCGUUCAUGACGUCACAUUGACCCCCUGGACCCCAAACAACGACGCUCGGCUGUUUGUAAACAUCCAUCGCCAGGCUUUAGAAUCCCAUUGCGUUUCUUCGUCCCUUCAUAACUGGAUUGAUUUAGUAUUUGGUUACAAGCAAGAUGGUGUGGCAGCGAGAAAUUCUGUCAACGUCUUUCACCCAGCGACUUACUUUGGCGUUGAUGUUAAUGCUGCACGGGACGCAGUGAAGAGAAGAGCUUUGCAGACGAUGAUCGAGACAUACGGACAGACACCGCGCAAGCUUUUCAGCGGACCACAUGUUCAGCGUUUUAGCAAGGGUGCCAUUUCUCCCCUGAACGAAAUAAUACCAUCUCUACCACAAGCAGUUGAGAAUUUCAUAAACUCUGGCAGCUUCAAAGAUCGACUGAUGGGCAAGGCUGAUCCUAAUAGUAAAGAUUGUGUCCAACCGCUUCCGACCGUUCUUGGACUGUCUUGGGGGAGAUACUGCGGUUCCCCAAGUCAAACAGACCCUGUGAUGCAGUGGGUAGAGUCGUUCGAAUUCACUCCCAGUUGUAUUCAGCCUUCAGUCAAAUCAUCGACUGCUUUUGUUGUUGAUAAAGACUGCUGUCUUAUUGUGCCAGAAGAGGACUGUUUAGAGGAUAAGAAAAUGGGCUGCGUUUCCUGGAAAGAUAAUGACAGCUUUAUUGUUCUGAAAUCUUUAGUGUCCAAUCGGAAGGCUCGUUUCGAUGCAGCUAGGCCCGACAAGAUCACAUGCUGUUCCUUCGCACCGGGUGCGGAUUUGUUAUUCAUAGGUGGAUCGUCCGGUAUUCUCACUGUGUGGCCGGUGAAGUUUUGUCCUGAUCCGAUAUCACUGAAUAUUAUUGGCUCGAAGCAAAAUCUACUCGGUCAUUCUGCAGCUGUGACGUCAAUAUUUGUGUGCAGGGCGUACAGUAUCGUUGUAACGGGAUCCAAAGAUGCUCUUGCCAUUAUUUGGGAUCUUAACAGGCUUUCUUACGUUCGAAAUCUUCCUAAGCAUGAAUCUGAAAUCAGUUGUCUGUCUGUCAGUCGAACAUCAGGGAACAUUGCAACCGCUUGCGGACAUGGUGAUGGUGGCAGUUUCGUCCACCUGUGGACCAUCAAUGCCAAGGUGAUAUGGAAAACUACAACCGAGGCUAAAGUAAGAUGCCUCGAUUUCUCAUGUGCUCCCGAAGGAAUAUCAGUAAAUGUUGUUGCUGCUGGGCUUGAGAACGGAGUAAUUAGACUUUGGAGCACAUGGAAUUUGAUGUGCAUAAGAGACAUACAGCCGCCGUCUGGAUCUUGUCCCGUUGUAAGCCUGGCCUACUCUUUAUGGGACACACAGCAUUUAUUCUCGUGUGACAAUCAGGGAAACGUUUGCCUGUGGACAAGAAAGGAUCUCAGCUUAAAACCAACAUUCAUUCCUGUCACUUUGUCUUGAUAAUUUGCAAUAACUCGUUUUACUUUGAUUCAAUGUAUUAAUAUUUUGUAAAUUUUGUAUGAGAAGAGUUUUGAAGAUAAGAUUUAAAUUUCCAUUUUCAUCAUCGAAAAAACAGUGACUUGCCCAACCUCAUGCGUGUUGUCACCAGUUUUGUUUUUAGGUAGAGAUACCAGCUAAUCCUACGUCAUCUGACAAUUGUGAACAUUUUUUGUAGUGAGAUCUAAAUAGAAAGAAAUUGAAGGUUCCAAGAGAUAUCUAGGCACGACACUGGAUUCUCCACUUUGAUUGGAAAUCUGGAUUCUCCUGCCAUAAUCUGGUUUGCGAAUUUCGUCAGAUUAUGCACCUUUAAGUUCUUUUAAAGAAGCCACACUGCUUAAUCUUAUUCAUAAGAUUUUGAAAAGAGUCAAUUUUGUUAAGCACUAAGUGGAUGUUUGGACUUAUCUGCUUCCCAGCGUAUAGAGAGCACUGCUGAAGGCUAUAGACAAAAAAAAGGAACAAACUGGCCCAAUCCUAGUUUUUGAUGAGAUCAUGUAAGCUUUUGAGGUUAUAGCUUGAUAUAAUUGAAUAUUAUAUUUUAUUGGCCUUCUUAAUGCAUUGUAUGUAAUAAUAAAUACGUAACAAUUAUUUUCUAAGGGUUUGGAAUAAACAGCGAACAAUAAAUAUUGUCGGUAUACAUUUCUGAAAUUUGCUUAUUUUUCCACCCAAUCCUCUUAAAAUUUCGUGAAUGCAUUUAGAAUUAGAAUUAGAGCUUUUGAUGUUCAGUUCGAUUAGAAUCUUAUCUUUUGGAUUCUGUUUGGG